CCGUAAUAUUCUAUUAAAAUUUGUAACAUUUCUUUUAGAAGUGGUGGUAGAAGGAGACAUCCUUUACAAAUUGUUUACAAUUUCCUUUAAAGAGCUCCCCAGAGCCCACAUUUGUCCACGUCUCAACCCAAAAAACAGAGUAUAGCGUUGGAGCUUCCAACGCCAUUUGUUUUCUUUCUCAGCUUCGAUCACAAAAGUGAUCGGAUUAUGCUUCGAACGGCAAUACGGAGUACCAACUAUGAUGAAGAACGCUCUGAAGCUUGCGAGAGCGUUCGGCAAUGCGAGGAACUCUCCAUCCAUUGGUGCUCUGAGACUUGAUCAGUGCACUGUAGGAUCAAGGUUUCUGCGCUGGAUCUCUUCCCAAUCUUCCGCAGCCGUUGACGGCUGCGCUAAGAGGUUCGCCGUUUUGUGGGGAAACGGAGAUUUCGGGAGGCUGGGACACGGCGGCAUUGAAUCGCAGUGGCGUCCUAAAUCCCUGCUGCCGUCCGCUUUUCAUGAUCAAAGCCUCCGCGACAUCGCUUGCGGCGGGGCUCACACUCUUUUCCUCACAGAAAAUGGCAGUGUUUAUGCAUGCGGUCUCAAUGAUUUUGGUCAACUAGGCAUUCCGGGCGAUAAAAGUUAUACUCCUGAGCCAGUUCGUGUGGCUACCCUUCCCAACGACAUUAUAAAAAUUUCUGCUGGUUAUCAUCAUUCUUGUGCUAUCACAGUUGAUGGUGAACUCUAUAUGUGGGGAAAGAACACGAAUGGACAGCUUGGCCUUGGAAAAAAAGCCAAUAAAGUAGUUUCCUUUCCGAGAAAAGUUGAAAGUUUAAACGGGCUAGCUGUAAAAGCAGCUUCCUUGGGUUUUGAGCAUUCAAUUGCUGUUACAGAUAAUGGUGAGGCCUUGAGUUGGGGUGGGGGAGGCUCUGGACAACUUGGUCAUGGACUUCAUUCAGGAAUUUUUGGAGUAUUAAAAAGUAACAGGUCCAUUGUGAUGGUUGAUAACAUUCUACCAUCUUCUAUAUGUUGGCUUAUGAAGUUUUGAUAGAGUGAUCCUAAACUUACCCAGACUUCUUCACAAGGAGAACAAGUUCUGUUCUAAUGGACUAUCACACAUGCUUUAAUGUGUUCUCCACCUUCCUUUUGGAGCAUUAAUGUGUUCUCCACUUUCCUUUUGGAGCACUGUGAUGUUAUUAUAUCAUCACUCUACUGUAAACAUCAUUUACAAAUUAUUAUUGUCUUAUCUUAGGCUAGGAGAAAUCAUUUCAUUAUCACUCUACUGGAAACAUUCAGCAAAUGAUAUUAUUUGAAGUAUGGAUUUCCCAAUGUAUGCUAUGGUCUCUUACAGGAGUUACAGCAUGAAAAGGAAUGUAGAAUUUUAUUAGUUCCCAUCGGUAAAAUACAGGGAAAGGGGGAUA